GAUAGAACACUGUCAAACAUGGCAGAAGAGAGUUUGUUCCAUGAAGUAGUCGGGUUAUUACCACAACAGAAUUGUGGGGAUGGAGUUCUCUUCCCUGUGGUUCUUUCUCCAAACCUUACACUUGCGAAAACUGUUAAGUUAACCGAAGCCAUCAAAGUAAACAGAUCAUGGUUGGAUUCGAUCCUCCAUCGAUCAGGUGCAAUUCUUUUCAGAGGAUUUGAUGUUUCCUCUGCUUCUGACUUCAACGAAGUAGUUGAGUCUUCUGGGUAUGAGAAUUUUUGCCACCCCAUCGGUGGGGCAGCCUACAGGACUAAAGUUGUUGGCCGUGUUUACACAGCUAAUGAAGCUCCACCUGACCAGAACAUUCCCUUUCAUCACGAAAUGUCUCAUGCUCCUGUGUUCCCAUCCAAAUUGUUUUUCUUCUGUGAAGAACAACCAGGAAGUGGGGGAGAAACUUGUAUAGCGCUAAGUCAUGUCAUAUAUGAAAGGAUGAAACAGAAGCACCCGAAAUUUGUUGAAGAAAUGGAAGAGAAAGGACUGAUAUAUUCACGAGUUCUUGGAGAAGAGUCUGAUCCUUCAUCACCAGUCGGUCGUAGCUGGAUGGAUACGUUCACAACAGACAAGAAGGCGAUCGCAGAAGAAAGGGCUGCAAAGCUAAGAAUGAAGCUAGAGUGGAUGGAUGGUGCUGUGAGGGUUAUAAUGGGGCCUAUGCCUGCUUUUAAAUACGAUGAGGUAAGAAAUCGCAAAAUCUGGUUUAAUGGUUUAGUAGGAGAAAUGAAAGAUAAGCUAAACGACGAUCCAUCAAAAGCAGUCAUGUUUAGUGAUGGUAAACCACUGCCAACUGAUGUUCCUAGUGACUGUGCGAAAAUCUUUGAUGAAGAGUGUGUUGCACUACAAUGGCAAAAGGGUGAUGUUCUAUUGCUAGAUAACUUGGCAGUCAUGCAUUCCCGGCGACCAUUGAUCACACAACCUCGCCGAGUUCUUGCUUCAUUUUGCAAGUAA